AUGCAUUUUACGACUCAUCAGAGGCGCUCCCUGUGGCCAUCCGUGCUCCGGUGGAUACCAACUUCCACCGACCACAUCAUCGCCGCCGAGAAACGCCUACUUUCCCUCGUCAGGACUCCGUACCGGCAGGAGCUGAUCAACAUUGGGUCUGGCCCGCCGGGUUCCAAAACUCGAUGGUUCCGUUCUGCAAGCGACGAGCCGAGGUUUAUCAAUACCGUCACGUUUGAUGGCAAAGAAGGGUCACCGACACUUGUGAUGGUCCAUGGAUACGCUGCUUCUCAGGGUUUCUUUUUCCGCAAUUUUGAUGCCCUUGCGAAGCAUUUCAAAGUUAUCGCAAUUGAUCAGCUAGGUUGGGGUGGAUCCAGCAGGCCUGAUUUCUCAUGUAAAAGCACUGAAGAAACUGAGGCUUGGUUCAUUGAUUCUUUUGAGGAAUGGCGCAAGGCUAAAAACUUAACCAACUUUAUCUUACUUGGACACUCCUUCGGAGGAUAUGUGGCUGCUAAAUAUGCUCUCAAGCACCCUGAGCACGUUCAACAGUUGGUUUUAGUUGGACCUGCUGGAUUUUCUUCUGAAACAGAGCACAUGUCUGAAAGGCUUACUCAAUUUAGAGCAACGUGGAAAGGUGCUAUUCUGAAUCAUCUAUGGGAGUCUAAUUUUACGCCACAGAAAAUAAUUAGGGGUUUAGGUCCUUUGGGCCCAAAUCUAGUUCGCAGGUACACGAGUGCUAGGUUUGGUUCAUAUGCUCAAGGAACUAUGUUAACGGAUAAUGAGUCUAGUUUACUUACAGAUUAUGUAUAUCAUACUCUGGCGGCUAAAGCUAGUGGAGAGUUGUGCUUGAAACACAUAUUCUCCUUUGGGGCUUUUGCUCGGAGUCCACUUUUACACUGUGCAUCUGAUUGGAAGGUGCCAACAGCAUUCAUAUAUGGGUUCCAAGAUUGGAUGAAUUAUGAAGGAGCACAACAAGCUCGAAAGCAUAUGAAUGUCCCCUGUGAGAUUAUUAGGGUUCCUCAGGGUGGCCAUUUUAUCUUCAUAGAUAACCCGACUGGUUUCCAUUCUGCUUUAUUUUACGCCUGCCGCAAAUUCUUAUCACCUAGUGAGGACAACAAUUUACUACCCGAAGGCUUGGAAUCCGUCUAA